UCUCUCUCUCUCUCUCUCUCUCUCUCUCCUCUUCCUUCGUUUGCACCGUCACACACUCAUCUCAGCUCGCGCACACAUACAUACACACGCACACACACACAAACUUACUCGCAGACACACAAACACAAACACACUCAGCGCAGACACAGACACAUCCACACAAACGCAACAAAGAUGGGACAGGACUUGUCGCAGCUGCACGAAGUGGGCGCCAUGCGCCAGGUUCUCGAGCGGUGCUCGUGGGAACAACGCUUCAAGCUGCUUUCGCUGAACAGGUCUUACCACGCACUCACGUUUGAGCAGGAAACGUGGCAAAUCUUCUGCCACCUUCUGGAGACACAAGACUUUGUUCACGUGCAGCGCAGGAAGGACGAGGACUGGCGCGACGCCUUCUUCCGACACCUUCCACUGCGCAAGCGGUGGCACGGCACAGCAUCCCGCACUACGACGCCGGCCGACGAAGAGCGCCAGCGGCAACAAGACGAGGAGGCGGCAGCUCCACGCAACGCAGUUGAUACAGACGUGCUUGGCGGCACGGGGAUCGACAACGGCAGGGAGGAGAACACACCGGACCCAGCCGCCAGCCACUUCACCAUCAACGUGUGCGCGCGGUUCCGCCCACUGCCCAAGCACGUGGACGCGGCUGUGGCACGCGCGGCAACGAAUGGGGAUGGCGACACUGAUGACGACGACGGCACUGACGCCGCGGCCGAAGAGGAUGUGCAUGGGGAGCGCGCAACACAUGCUGUCGUGCCGCUGCACCAGCGCAUCCGCAUGAUCCAGGCGCACUACGGCUGCUCCACCUCGGAGGCGCGCAAGCUGCUGUGGGCCGGCAAGGGUGACGUUAGCGCAUGGGACCCGUGGACAGAUGCGCAGGCGCGCGCCCCGGCCCGCCGGCUUCCGCUCUCCGACAUCAACGGCGACAGCAGCAGGAAGGAGCGAGCGAAAUCCAAGUCGCAAGCACCAACAGCACAACAAGAGCAAGCCCCUGCGGUGGAGCAACGUGAAGGGCACAACGGCAAGGAUGAUGGCACUGAUGGUGCACACAACACCAGCGAUUCGGCCGCUUGCACGUCGACAACCACCACAACGACUACGACCACGGCUACAACACCGGCGGCGUCAUCGUCCUCGUCAUCAUCAACAAGUGCAGCGGACACUGCCACCACCACGGAUGCAGCUGCCACUGAUACGAGUGAGCCCAAGGCCCACGCGCUGCCAACAAGUGUGCGCACGGGGGUGCUCGCCAUCCGACCCGACACGAACGACCUGGUGCUUUGCGCUGCUGGCGGCCUGCGGCACUUUGAGUUUGACAGCGUGCUCCCGGACACGUUCAACCAAGAUGACCUGUACGACCGGGCCGCGCGCUUGCAAGUCGGCCAGUUUCUCAAUGGCGUCAACGCGUGUGUGCUCUGUUACGGCCAGACAGGCUCUGGAAAGACAUACUCCAUGUUUGGGCCGGACGACGUGACCAGCACAAAGCUGUCGCGUUUGUCGUCGCAGGCUGGCAUUGCUCCACGUGCCAUCACCGAGGUGGCCAACACGGUCAUGAAGCGGCGCGAGCACGGCCUUGAGGUCUCCCUCAAGCUCACGUGCGUGGAGAUUUUUGGCCAGGACAUUACAGAUCUGUUGCAUGAGCGCUCUGUUGUCGGCGCGUGGCACGGUGUUGCUGCCCGCGCUGUGCUCAACAACGAGGCCGCAGAAGAGAUUGUCGACCCGUAUGAACUUGACGAGCUGCUUCUGCGUGCGGAGCGAUCAAAGCGGCGAGCGGCAACGGCGAUGAACGAGCGAAGCUCGCGUGCACACACUGUGUUCCUCCUCUCGCUUGACCAGCGCAACCCGCGCACGCACACGCGCCUCCAGAGUACGCUUUGUCUCGCUGAUCUUGGUGGCUCCGAACAGCUGAAAAAGUCCAAGGCUGAGGGCGAGCGCAAGCAAGAGGCUGCAAAGAUCAACCUUGGACUGCUUGCGCUGAAGCGAUGCAUUGGCGCGCUUCAGUCCAACGAUCCGAGCCACGUUCCGUUUGGUGACUCCACCCUGACCAUGCUGCUGCGCCCAGCCCUCAGUGGCAACUCGUUCACCACCGUCGUCGUCACGGGCAGCAUGGAGUCUCGCCACGUAUUCGAAACGAUGCAGACAAUGCGGUUUGGCGAGGCGUGCCAGGCUGUGACGGGUUCCGAGGUGACGGCGAACGUCAACGCAGCAACACAGGCAAUCGAUGCAAUCAACAAGGAAAUCACAGACUUGGAACAGCGCAUCCGAAGUGAGGAGCGGUGGGUGAACAAGACGACUGUGCGAAAGGACCAGGAGGGCGAGGAGACAGUGGUGACGUCCGUGCUCGUGGGCGCAGAGGAGCUCCGUGAGCGAUAUGAACAGCUGUUGGAGACGCGUCGUGAACUGCUCGGUAUCUGA